CUGUCCAGCCUUGCAGAAAUCAACUUAUAUUAAUAUAUUCAGUUUCUAUUUCUCUUUUAUAUGAUUGUUGUAUUACUAUUAUUUUAUCCACUCCAGUCCAGUUGGUGGAGGUAAUGCACCAAUUAGUUGUUUACCACGCAUACAUCAAGCAGGCUGGAGAAGGCAGAGGUUGAAUGAGGAUAGCUGCACUUCACCCUGGUGUGAACAUGGGAGUGCAAACUCAACCUCUUGUGUCUGCAAAAUGGCUUGCAAACAUGGUCAAACGCAAUCUUGUGGGACCGCGUUUGCGGGUCCUGGACACGUCCUGGUACCUACCGAUGAUGAAUCGAGACGGCAAGAAGGAAUUUGCACAGUCUCACAUCCCAGGGGCCUCGUUUUUCGACAUCGACGAGUGCUCGGACAGGACAUCCAAGUUCGAUCAUAUGCUCCCGACCGAGAAGUUUUUCGCCGAUUACGUUGGGAAUUUGGGCAUUGGAAAUGACAGCCACGUCGUUGUUUACGACGCCAGUGACUUUGGGGCAUUUACCUGCACCAGGGUUUGGUGGAUGUUCCGGUUUUUUGGCCACCCACAGGUGUCUGUGCUGAACGGGGGUUUUAGGAACUGGGUCAGAGAGGGUCAUCCAGUCACAGGGACUUACACCCGGCCUGAACCAGCCCGCUUCACCGCCACUGUAAAACACCGCUCCUGGGUGAGGUCAUUUGAGGACAUCACAAAUAAUAUUGCCAGCCAGGAGUUCCAGGUGGUGGAUGUGAGGCCCUAUGCAAGGUUCCGCGGGAAAGAGCCAGAACCAAGAGAGGGUGUCAAACCGGGUCACAUCCCUGGCUCCAAAUGCAUGCCUUUCUUCGGGUUUGUCGAUGAAGAUGGCAUGAUGCUCUCUCCUGAGCAGCUGAAGAAGUUCUUUCAGAAGUCACAAGUGGACCUGAAUAAGCCAAUCUGUGGAUCCUGUGGCUCCGGUGUGACUGCCUGUCAUCUGGUGCUGGCUGCCCAUCUGUGCGGCGCCCCCGAUGCGUCUGUGUACGACGGAUCCUGGUAUGAGUGGUUCACCAAGGCCCCGCCAGAGCACGUCGUCUCCGAGGUCGAAAGCAAGCUCUGAGGCAGACGAGUUUUAAGUGGCAGAGUUAAAUUUACAAAUCAGCAUUAAACAAUCACUUUAUGUGACUGGUUGAUUCACCAGGUCAUUGAUUGAUCAUAUCUGAGAUAAGCAGAGAUAUAAACCUAAAAUCUGCUGUGUGAAUGGAAAUGUCUGUGGAAGCUUGUCGGAGGAUUUGCGUGUGGAUUUAACACAUAGGCUUUAUUUGAAUGCGAACCCAGCCUCUAGAUAAUGGACUGUUUGUUGGCAGUAUGGACGCAGGUCUGAGCGUAUUUUUGUUGGAUUGAACUAAUUUUCUUGUAUGUUGAAACAACGGUUGCCCUGAAUUAAUCCUCAGUAUUGUCAGUAUUUAGGACCUUGUGAAGAUGGCGCUAAAAAGGGUAGUUUCAUAUUCCUGUUGUUUAUCUUUGGGCCUCUUUUACAAGCCUUUUAUUCCCAUUAUUUUAAUACCAUUCUAUAAAAACUGUGUAUUUUGAGCAGUUUUCCAGCCCCUUAACUGUAAUAAUCCAACUAAAUGUGUCUGAAAAGCAUUUUCCCACUCUAGUGCUUGCUCUUUAUGAGCUUUUGAAGAAAUAUGGCACAACCUGCUGGUGCUUUAGCAGAUGUGCAGUUUAUAAAGAUGUGCCUUGGCAGACUUCCAGAAGUCCAGUUUUACAAAUGCAGCACUUAUAUGUGUGUGUGUGUGUUGGUGUGUGUGUGUGUGUGUCGGU